UGCUCUGCUUUGACGAAAUUACCGUUGCACUUAGAAAACGUCCUCUCUGGAGAUCUAGAGCGACAGUUUUUCCAAGCUGUGCCAAAGCUCUUACGCACACCUCAUCGCGGUCUACGCGCCUCGACGCUUCACUUUCUGUUAUGAGUCGUUUUCACCAUCAAACGUGAAAUUACAUUGCGAGUUGUCCUACAUCAUCCUUGGCUCUUUCCCUACUUUUAGAAAUGAUGGAUUUCUAGUAGAAAUUAUCGACGAAUUACAUUCCGCACUAGGCCAUCCGCGGCUCUGUUCCUACUAGAAAUGAAUCAAAAGAUAGAGGGACGUAGUUCCUUCUCAGGGAUUUACAUUUACUUACUUACUUACUUACUUACUUAUUCAUCUGCGAGAACCUCUAAUGAUGAGGUCUAUGAUAGAUUCGCGCUGUGUCUCGACCGCUGUGGCCCAGAAGAUGCACACACUGUUGAUGCAGAGCAAUAAUCUGUGGCCUCACGUCGUAGAAUCCUGGAGAGAACAAGCGGACGCUGGCGGACUUGGACCCUGUAGUUAAGGCUCAUGCAUGUCUCGUUUGCCUUGAAUGGGGAUAGUAACUCAUCUCCACAGCAAUGAUUCUCAGGCUAACCAUGAACUGAGGAAAUGGAUGUCUCGUUUGCCUUGAAUGGGGAUUCUCAGGCUAUGAACGUACUAGAAAAGCUAUGAACGUACUAGAAAAUGAAUCAUUGCGAGCUCUAAUGUUGUAGUAGCGGAGGAUCUUCGAUGCCCAGCAUAGCAACUACGAGGAGUCCUAAACGCGGAAUGGCCUUGAACGCAACGGAUGUGGAGCUUCUGCACCAAGCUGGGGAUCACUCUGGAAAUAGUGUUAAGGCACACUAGAUGCGUUGUAGUUGUUGUAGUAGUAGGACAGGAAUCAAUGAAUUGUGCUCCACUAGUACACUGGUUGUAUUUGUUGAGUAACCGACAGCUAAUACAGAGGUUUCUUUUUUUUCUUUUUAGCAACAAACACCCGCCCAUUACGUAGCAGAAUUUUUGCAAACAUCAGCGCUAGUUGUACCUUCUUCGUGAUCAUCCCACCUUUCACUUUCACUUUUAUCUUGAUGAUCUAUCACUAAGAGGACGAGCGGACGCCUUUUUCCGGAUGCGCUGUCGGACCGUGUGGCCUACGAUAGCGCAAAGAUUUGUGCUGAAGCAGUUCUGUUGCUAUCCACCAUAUUUAUGGCUAGUUUAUCAACUUGCACGAAGAUCAGGUUUAUUAGAUGGGUCGUUUAGAAGCACUAGAAAUACAUACUUCAUUCAAAAACUCGGUUUUCUUUAUCGACUCAUGUGUCCUUUUUGGUUUUUUCCCAGCUAGGUCUGCUUCGCCACAACCUAUCCCACGUUGUGAACUGUGCGAACAAGUGGUGCUGGGGUUCCCCUUGAUUUCAAUAUUCUACCCACUCAAGAGCCAGAGACCGGGAAAAGCUACCUCCUCUAACAGAUGCGCUUUCUGGGAUCCGCAGAUGUUGAGAUUUCUGUGUCUUAGCACCGAUUUUCUCAGGAGUUACGAACGAGUGUUGGAGAAUCUGGUUACGAGGCUCAGGGAUCGUGCGGAUUCCGGUGCAUUGGAGAGUCAUCUUCUAGCGCUACAGAGGUUUGCAAUAGUUGUAGGCGACAGAUUGGGACCAGACGGUGGAGCUCAACGUCAAGGCCUAAUUUUAUGGGCUCAAUACAAUUUGUUUUCCUAUACAAGUUAGAGUUUACUAAGUUUUUACCUCAAGUAGAACAAAACUGUUAUUUCCACAAGUCCUGUACAAGCCAUUUCUCACUUGAUUGCUCCUUCAUCUUAGGAUUAUUGGGAGAAUGUCUCACUUGAGUACUGCCUCUUAGGAUCAUACAUUGGGAGAAAUGCAGACAAGAAGUGAGUUGUUUCGGGCUCUAAUAAUGAGUAAGGCGACGACGCACAACGUUAGUCAAUUCCAGUACUCGACUGUGACAGCAGACAUACAUGGACCAGGAGGUGGAAGUCCUCGCGCGGGAGCAGCUUCUUUGGGGAAUGGAAAUGGCAUUAUUAAGGCGACCGCUCAAGCACCCUCAGCAUCAUCCUACUUGGGCCUCUUUCUACUUCAAAAACGGACCGAGGAUGCACUGCACUCAGGGAUGCUAAAUAAGCGGUACUAGGGGCUCUACCAUUAACAUCCUUCUUGACACUUUUUCUUUAAUGCAAUUUGCUCUAACUUUAGCGCACUUGGCGGACCACAGCAGGAACAGGACGUAGCAAUCUUCGAGUUUUUUAGUUCGCGUUGUGUCGCUAGUUUGUGUGCACAAGCGUUGAGCGAGGAAAAGCCGUUAAAGCUACGCCGUCGAGCAGCGGAGACCGUAGCUGCGAUCGCUGCUUUGGCUCCACACUCUCCUCUGUCGUGUCCGCACUCUGCGGACGUGCGGUGCAUAACAAAACACUUGUGCAACUUGUACCUUUAAGGCAUGCAAAAAUCCUAAAUCAGCACAACGAAAGAUGUACUUACUAGGACGAAGGGGAUCUAAUUUUUUUUCAUCUUCACGGAACGGACAGGAAGAUCUGCUUCUACUCCCUUUAAAUCGUGUCCAGAUAUCAAAUCAUGAUGAUAACGUAUUCUCCACCACCCUUCAGUUGUAAGCAGCUGCCCGAAGCUGAUGGCCCUCUUCUAGUCGUACCUCCCAGUUGCAAGCCCCUCUAACCGCUUUUGAACAGUAACAACGAAGAAGUCCAAGGCAACGUCUCGGACACGCUAGGGCUUUCCGCUAUUCACGCAGCUUUGUUGCACGUUUCACUUGCCUCUCCCGCAGAGGCAGCAGCGUGCGUCAGAGCAGUGAGCUUCGUCCCGAAGCUGGUCAAGUUGAUCGAGUCACUCCCACCAGAAAUCAAAUUACGGAUUGUCAGGCGUUUUUGUGUUUCAUCUCUUACGGUUUUUAUAGUAGUUUCUUGUUACAGUUUUAGUAUACGCGCAUAGUCUGAUGUAGUUACGGGUAGACACGUAUGGUCUAUUAUGCCGUUGGUAAAUUGUCCUCUAAUCAAACUUUCUGCAAUUUUAAAGGGAGACAGAUCGUCUGCUGCAGACGCGAGAAGUGCGGCAGACAGAUCUACUGCAGCUGGAAAUGGUAUUUCAUUACAGUUGCUUCUGGCGUUUGUCAGUGGCAGCGUGAAUGAAUACAGUUUCUAUUCAAAACUAGGAAAGAGUCAAGGCAGAUGAUAUUGAUUAAUAUUUACCGUGUCAUUACAUACUAGUGCUGGGCACACUAAAUUUCAAUGACAAUGUACUAGGGCUUCUAAAAAACGAGUUUCCUUGUGAGAAUUCUAGAUUACGACUUACAUCUGAUCUUUCUCCUUUUCCUUUAACUCAAAACUAAACUACACCUAACACUAUUAAGCACGACCUCUUACUUUAAAACUAUGAACACAGGUACUAGUCUCCACGUAGGCUUCUCGAGAUUUGAGCAAACGUCGGUUUCCAAGUUGAAUUCAAGUGUCUGCAGUUUGAGCACGGCAACCGCGGGAGGUCAGCAGGAUCACGAGCGGCUGCACAGACUCACACUACACCUCAGACUUCUGACUUAAGACUCAUGAUAUUGGCUUAGUAGAGGAGGAGGCUUUUGACUUGCAUCUCUAUAGAUCAUGGUAACCUUGUUCACAGAGAAUAUAGAAGAAAGUUCCUAGAGGACUCCUUUCGGUUUCUUUGAUGAAGGUAAAGAUAGUUUAGGAUUUACAUGUCCGUGGCUUAGGGUUCACUUAUUUAUGUUACAACUGCAACGAAUGAAGUAGAGUAAUCCAUUGCAUAGUGCCCAUACUUUGUUGCUGAUGUUGAAAAGAAGAAGAUGAUUGAAGGUAAAAAAUUCUUUGUCGUCCACCUCGUUGCUCUUCACGAAAUGGAAAAGUGAUGUGGAUGAAGAAGUGGAUGGAGAUUUGGAAAUUUUUUCAAGUUAACGUAGGAGGUUCUAAUCACUUGUGAUUUGCUCUGCCCACGACGAUGGUUUGGAUAUACUAGUGGAGAGGGCUGGACCAGACGACGAGAGGGAGGGAACGAAUGGGCCUCCUGGUAGCACUAUGUCAUGUAUUAAGGCUACCUACUCUUACGUCGGUUAAGCGUGCGUGGUUGUAUAAGGAGGUUAAUGUACUCCACCCGUCGCCGGCAGGUACACCGGACAACACUGGGAUCACCCUUUCGGCGUUCUCGGAAUACAAAAAAAAAAAGGUGCCCUGUGGAGGAAACCUGACUGAUUGACUGACUCUUAAGCAUCCUCCUACCACGAACAUGAUCCUUGCUGUUUUUUCUACUUAUGAAAAAGAAGCACCUCGCAAGGAUAGUAUUACUCUCAGAGAGGAAGAUGCGAACGCGGUAGCAGCACCAGCUCUAAGUAUACUAGUGCAACGCAUACGCAAAGCUUGAUGUCGAAAGGGGGCGGCUUGCAGCCUAUAGAUGAGGCGAGAACCCCAAAAGCGACCGUACAUCACGUGGAUGGAUUUGCUUUUGGCAGUAGCACUGGCAUAAAUCUACUCGACUCAUCGACCUCAAGCGUACACAGAUCGCAGAAUCCUUAUAACUUAUGUUACACGACAUAGAGUAAGCAACCAACCAUAGUAUCGUAUCGCUCAAAAGAGAGUUCAGGAACUGUUUCGCCUUGCCGGUAAUAGUAGACAAAGACUAUCUACAAAGCACUGAGGAUGAGGAGUUUCAUAUCAGAUACACAUUUUUAAUGCAGAGAUACAGAGUUUAUUCUACAAUAGACUCGAUAGUGGACUCUAAUACACACGUCCACGGCCAAUGGAGCCAAUGUGGUGUCGAAAAGAGCAGCGGCCUCAACUUUGAACGCCCAUCACAAUCUGAACACAUCGUACCUGUUGAUUUUAAGGCUUCGUGAGAAUUAGAGUAUAGGUUACAACUUCUACGUUGGUUUGUGUCUACUAAUAAAAUCUUCAGUGUUUAUUUUUUGAGAAUGCUCAUUCUCUUCCUCAUGUUGAGCAUCCUCUUCCUAACGUUGAUUAUCCUCAUGUUGAUGAUCCUGGUCGAUGUUAUUUCCAUGUUCUCAUUGCUUUUCUCACACGUGGUAAUGCUCGUCUUUACUUCUAAUGAAAUCAGCAACUCUUACUACACAUCCUAAUAUUAGUUGCUGGUGCCUUCUAAUCUUUGUCUUACACGCCAUUUGGUGCAUUGCUGAAGCGCAUGACGGAUUUUGUCUAGAAGUAUUGGACUUCUUGCGGAAAACUUUAGAUCGUGACGGAGAGAGGCAUAGGGUUGCGCACUUACUGGGUCCACACUCAUCGAACUUAGUCUUUAACAAAAUGCUGCUUCCUCACGCCAUGCGCGGAGCAACGACACUCAAGACUCAGGGAGGAAAUACUCAGGUGAGUGCUCGGGCAAUAGUUUUAGUACCAUUUCUUGGGUAUAAAUGCACGUGAAGAAGAAAUGUACUACAGCAUGGUAUACUGAGAAUUGCAUAGUUUACUUAGGAGCUUUAGCUUGUCAGAGAACAAAACCUCCACGGAGGUAGUAUGUGUAUUAGGACUACAAGUUGUAGAGACUACUUUUGCCAUGUCGUAAAAUUCAUUCCCAUUUUUAUACAACAACAACAGGUGAGCCAAUUCGCGCCACAAGAUCGGUCUAUGUCUCGGUUUGGAGAUCAGUCUUAUCAUAGGAUGGACCCUCACAACGACGUCACCACGACUCGUGCGCUACCUUCACAUCACUCGUCUAUUAUGUUGCGUGUACUUGCAUAAGCUCACCACUUCGUGAAUGUUGCCUGGAUCUGGAUAAGAGUAAACCCUAACCCUAAGAUGAUGAUGUUACCACUCUACCCUUGUAAUUUUUUGUGAGGCCUUCCCCGUACUACCCACCUGUAUCACUGCAUCACCACACUGGCGAGUAGUCAGGAGCUACGUGCAAUUUACAACUAGUAGUUGUAAGUUGUAUUGCUAGUCUUUUCCAACAAGGAUUUUUAAUUCUCACUUUAGAGGCUCUCUAAACCCCGGUUGUAUGCUACGGCUAGCAAGUGCUCACCAAUUUCGCCAGUGGUCUAUUGUCGCUUGAUGGAGGUUCUGAGUCUGAGCGCACCAGGUCUGACGACCAACAAGGCGACCUUGGUCAAAUUCGUGUCUUUUCUCGUGGAGUUUAUCAUUAUGCAUGGUGGGAUCGAUGAGUCGAGUAAGUACUCUCCUCUCAAACAUUGUGUUGGCUACGAUUAUUUAAUUACUUGAGAUCCACUUCCACUUACUUCUACUUCAGUCAGGACCUCAAUCUCGGAAGAAAGGCGUGCUGUUUCCUACUUCCUUCUACGUAUAGAUGAGAAAUGAAGAAUUCUGAAUCAAAAGGUAAAGUUUAUAAGUAUCAUGAGCACUCACCGGAGGCGUUGCACAGGGCUCCGGCCUGCCUUCGAAGGUGAGACCUCUGGGGCUGACAGGACCACGACAGCGCCGGCGCUUAGUUAGUAGUAGAUAAGUUCUUGCCUGACUUUUCUUUUUCCGGUUUUUGUUUUUUCUAGUUAGAUAUGCCAUAUGCUCCACCAACAAUAUCAUAGAUGAUGAUACUUACUGCAGAAGGUAUGGGUGUAGUUCUAACCUUCAACAUUGCGAAAAAUCGAAAACGUUGGCAGAGUGGACCCUCAGGAAGUGCACCUCUUCUCUGCACUUCAUUGCGAGCUUGCAUCUCUGUAUUUUUCUAUUUCUGAGUAGUUCGGCGUUUUUUUAUUGCUUAAUAUAAUAAUUGCUUAUCAUUAGUAGUCAAUACUCAUACAUCAACGGGAACAACGCUCAAUACCAAUUGCUUAUGUUUAUGGAAGCCAUGAUCCGUUGGUCCUUCUCUGCAGAGGGCUUGCGUCCUCUGCAGAGUGCUUGUGUGCGUGAAAGGUUUUAGGAGGAGUAGAUCUACUUUGUUUAUCUUCCAAUAUAGUACAUAAAAGGUUUUAGGAGGAGUAGGUCUUAGUUUUUAAACGUGAUAGAUAGCAGGUUGUCAUUCCAACUGACUUUGCAGGCAAAGCCACAGCAGCUAUAUUAUCCAGCUGCCAACAACGAGUCGGGGACAAGCCCAACGGAACAACGGGACCCCAGCUAGAUUUUUGGUUUGACUUGGCAGAGGGGCGAGAAAAAAUGCGCCUUCCGGUUUUGCGUGUGCUGCUGGCUAUUCUAUUAAGAAAUAAAAAUAAUGUCGAUCUUUUUUUUUAGGACAGUCGCUCAACAUUGGAAUUUUUACGACAGAAGUCAAUUCAAUAUUGAAGAUACUACGACAGGACCCGAUGAAUCAGUUGUAGGACCCUCCAUCGUGAAUACAUGUACAACUAGGACCUAUAUGCACAAUCAUGAACAUUGAGAGACUAGGCCCGAUGAAUGUUGAAGACAAUCUGUCGCGCAAAUUGAUACUACGACGGAUGCGCAGCUACUUUUUUUAUUUUUAGAUAUACCUAAAUGAUGUACGAAGAAGGCGGCACCGGCAGUAGCUUUAGACCCAGAUAAACCCUAAAAAAAGGGAAAUUGAAUUUGAUGAAUUUGAAUCACGAGUAGCCUCCUCUAACCCUUGUUUCCACGAACGUGGCGAAGUCGUUUUUCACAGGGAGUCCACGAACACUGCCCAUUUUAGAGCUGUGUCUUUCGGGCGACGGUUCAAGGAGUAGUGUCCAGAAUCACUUGAGCAGUCAUUCCGGUGGACACGCGACAGCGACCUUUUCGAUGCUACACAAUACUACAUUAGGAGAGCAGCCGGAGGUGCUUGGCAUGAUGAAUGUAGAUUGAUCCAUAUGAUGAAUGUAGAUUGGUGUGCAUGAAAGAAAUAGAAACUAUACAUUAGACUUCUAGUUUUACCCCGUGAUGGUGAUACGUGAGUUAGUCAAGAUAAGAAGACACUGUUAGAAGCAAACCCCGAUCACCCAUAUGAGCAAAAAAAUGAUUGAUUUGUACUUAGUUUCUCAACGCAGACGCACUAGUUCCCUCUACAGCACUCCACAAAACUGUGGAGAAUUACGAUGUCAAAGCAAGCGCUAAUGACAGUGGCGGGCACUGCGUUGGGACGAGAUCAGCAGGAUGACGUGCACCUUCAUUUUCCAUCGACAGGGAGACCUCCGGAAAGGAGUGGACUUUAGGAUUCUCUUAUUGUGAUGUUUUUUGUAAAUAUCACUUAUGAAGAUAAAAAUAUUUGUGAUCAUCAUAGAUCAACCAGUAAACUACUUCCUUCUAUCUAAGAUUAAUAGAACAGAAAGAAGUAGUUUACUAGUUGAACUUGCAUGGAAAGCUAUUCUUAUAGUGGAAAGGCACCCACUCAUUGGAACUGUUUCGUCCCGCCAUUAGGCUAGUAGAUGUACUAAAUGGGACACCAUGAUGAUGACCCACUCAGACAAUUACUAUCUCCUUUUCAUCUCAUCGGAAAGAAUUCAAAUACAGCAGUAAGGAAAUAGUAGCUACAUUUCUCUAAUCCGCGAAGUCAGGGCAUCAAGUGGGACCGUUGCGCCAUAUCGCAUUGCACAUCCUCUGGAUCAUGUUGUAUCAAAAUUAUGAAAGGUUUUUCUUUGAGAGGUUUUUGUUUGAUGAAUGAAUGAGUGAAUGAAUUGAGAGGUUCUUUGGUGGAGAGUCAACUCCUAUAAUGAAUGUGUUUUAGAUGAAUGCUACCUUCAACUUCAUCCUAUGCGCCUUUAUCCUAUGAGUCCUUGUGUAAGUAGAAUGUUUCUCCUCCACCUGUUUGAGCAAGACCGGAGGCUUUUGAGAGGAAAAAAAGCCUAUCAUGUAUGAGCUCCUCUAAGUAGUUCAACGAGUGGUAGCAUUGGUGAAAAGUUCUAGUGGGUUGGUGAAGAAAUUAGAGGACAUGCAGAUGGACCCUCUUUGUCCGGAUAGGACUAUCGCUCAAGAAAUUUUCGCAUUGCUUACGGUUGGUUGACGUUGACGUCUGCUGAGAGCUGACGUCGUGAGAAACGACUAUUCUGAUUCUACGCGGAUCUGCAUUUGGAGAGUGACGCAGUUCAAUCAUCUUGUAUCUUGCUUUUCGUUGGUUUUGCUGACACAGUGAAAAUUUGCUGCUUAUAAGCUGCAGCUGGACGGAAGAACAGCGAUAAAAAUGGCAGCAGAGUGAUCUGAUAGACGGUGGUAGACACCACAGUUCUGAUGCGACUGCUGCUUAUAGUAGAACACAAAAACUGUACUCCGUGCUAACUAGUGGACGAGCUUACCUGUGUCAGCGGAAUUAUUUUUAGACUACCUGUAUAAUAUCUUCAUUGGGAUUAUGUGUAUGGCCUAGAGUAGGAGCACAUCUUCUACCUAAGAUAUGACAUGGCAAUGGCAUUCAUUUACGUUCUAUCUCAAUGUGGUUCCAAAACCAAAUGGUCCUCUUCGUCUUCAUCGAAGAAGUACUAGUAGAAAUUAUCACUUGCUAUCAUCACCUCCAGACAACCAGUAUCAGUUUUGUCACCCGUAGAGAAGUACUAGUUUCGUAAUAAGAUACUCUUUCUGAUUUUCGGUCACGAUUUUGCGGAAGAAGUUAAGUAAGGACCAAAGAGUCCGCCUUGCUUCGAAUGAUUCCUUUUGAUAGUGGUUUUUGUUUUUUUAGAAGGUGGCGUGACCACAGACAUGAUGAAACUAUACGUCUACAACAAAUUUAGCAACCAAGAAUCACAUUUUUACCACAGCUACAAGCGCACUCUUACUUUCCUCAAUAUUUUUUUAUUUUCUUCACGAUACAAUCAACAUCAUGAUCAUUCUACAGUGACUCACUAUCUGUAUUCUACGAAAGAAUGAAACUCGUCUUUUCUUUCACCGUCUUGCCAGGAAAUCCCGAAAAUUUGAGGACCGAGAAACAGCACUCAGGAGACAGUGUUCUGUGC